AUGUUCAACGUAUCGCAGGACAGUAGCACUGGCACUGUGAGUGUUAACAAAAUAGAUCAGUACCAAUCAGGGAGAUGGGUUUCCCCGUGUGAAGCUUCUUGGAGAAUCUUUGGGUUCGACCUGUUUGAAAUGCAUCCAUCUGUUCUGCCCCUUCCGGUUCACUUGCCUAAUAUGAAAACUGUUCAGGUCAGGCCUCAUGAGCAGCUAGAUGCAGUUAUUGCAAGUGACAAAAGAGCACGUACUCCCCUGACAGAAUUUUUUAAAUUGAAUGCUACUACACCUGGCGGGCCGAGAUACCGGUAUGGUCAGUUCCCAGAGCACUAUAGAUGGGAUGCUUCUAACAAGCAGUGGCUAAAAAGGAAGAACAAUGUGGUGGUUAUCGGUAGGCUGGCAUUUGUAGCCCCGGCUGAAGGAGAGCGGUACUAUUUGAGAUUUCUUCUUACCCAUGUGUCUGGGCCAAAGUCUUUUACGGAUCUGUUAACUGUUGAUGGCCACAGGUGCACAACAUUUCAAGAGGCAGCUCUUAAACUCAAACUUCUUGAAGAGGAUAAUGUAGUUGAUCUAUGCUUGGCUAAAGCAUGUGAAGUCCAAAUGCCCGCUGCUUUACGCCGCCUCUUUGCAACAGUUCUGAUGUUCUGCCAAGCCAGUGACCCAACUGCAAUGUGGUUUAAAUACUAUGCUGCCAUUUCUCAAUGUUACAGCCACCAGUUUCCGGAAUCAGGAAAUCGGGUAAAGCAUCUCACAGUGAGAUCCAUUGAACAAUAUUUAGAGGCAAUGGAUGACGAGUUCACAAGAACAAAGGACAUUAUCGAUGCACUUGAUGCGCCAAUACCUCAAGAAUGUAUUUAUUGUCGUGAUAGACUGAAUCCGGCACAACAAGAGGCAUUUGACUGUAUCAUUGACCAUGUCGUAAGAGGGAAAGCUGGUGCAUUCUUCAUUGAUGGCCCUGGUGGUACCGGAAAAACUUUCUUGUACAAUUCACUUUAUGCAGAGGUUCUCUUAAUGAAGAAGGUCGUUCUUCCUACUGCCACAUUAGGUAUUGCCGCAUCCAACAUUCCUUUUGGAAGGACUGCCCAUUCAAGGUUCAAAAUACCGGUUGAUUCAGAAUCUUCCUUGGCUUGCGAUGUUCCAAAACAAGGCAGCCUCGCCGCAUUAAUAAAAGAAACAACUUUAAUCAUCUGGGAUGAAGCUUCAAUGGCAAAGAAAGAAAAUAUCGAGUCCUUGGAUUUGCUUCUCCGGGACUUGUGCAAUCCAAAUGCCCUCUUUGGCGGCAAGCUUGUUGUGUUUGGUGGAGACUUCCACCAGGUGUUACCUGUUUUUCCACGCAAAACACAACAAGAAGAAGUGGAAGCUAGCUUAGUGAACUCUUCCCUUUGGCCUCAAUUCAAAAAAAAUCGCCUCACUGAGAACAUACGCGCACGAGAGGAUCCGGAAUUUUCAGCAUUUCUCCUCGCCCUAGGAAAUGGAGAGUUACAAACAUCAGAAGAUGGACUCGUGCGAUUGCCGGAGCAGAUUAUCAAACAUGUUGCCCCUGGUGAAGACCCGGUCACAGAACUAACGGGAGUUGCCUUUCCUGAGCUUGAUUUAAAUAGCUUCAACUCAGAUAUCUUUACAAAAAAAGCUAUACUGACUCCUUUGAAUGAUGAUGUUGAUUCGAUUAACACAACCCUCAUUGAGAAGUUCCCUGGGCAGCCUGUUGUUUAUAGGAGCUUUGAUAUAAUGUUGGAUGAUAAUUGCAACAUAUAUCCUACAUAA